UUCAUCGGGUUUUAUUUUCACAAACAUAUCAGACUUAGGUUUUAUUUUCCUUCUCAGACAUCAAAAUCUCAAUUGCUCUCUCAAUCUUUGCUCUCUCAUCGGAAUCGCGCGCUGCUCAAUCCACAAUCCACAAUCCAUCGGAAUCUCAAUCUGAAUCGCUGGGUUUGCUGGGUUAUCAUCUGCUCUCGAAUCUCUCUCAAUCUCUCGACAGGUUUAUCAAGUUUGUGGGUUUGCUCAAUCUCAAUUGGAAUCUCUUGGUUUGCUUUCAAGCUCUGAAUCGGAAUCUCUUGGUCUGCUGCAAUCUGAGUUCUACACUACUUCUCUGAAUCGCUGGGUUUGCUUUGUGGGUUUUCCGGGUUCUCUGAAUUGCUCUCUGAAUUGCUUUGUGCGUGGGGUCUGCUACCAAACUAGGGUUCUUCAUAAAAUUCCUGAUAUAUAACAUGGAUCGUGCCACGUGGAUGUACAAAUUACCGCGGGUUUCACAUGAGUAUGUUAGUGGGGUUAACGAAUUCAUUUCAUGUGCGGUUGAGAACAUAAAACAGAAGGGCACCGAACAGGGUAAAGAAGAAAUGAUCACAUGUCCCUGUCGUGAUUGUUAUAAUUUAAAAAAGUAUCCUGAUGCCGAGACAGUGCGUGGACAUUUAUUUCGGCGUGGCUUCAUGGAAAAUUAUACUAAGUGGAUCUGGCAUGGUGAAGGAAUACAAUCCAGAAGACCAGAGACAGUUAGUAGAACAUAUGAAAGUUAUGGAGAUAGUAUGGAUACUAAUAACGAAGAUGAUGUAGAAAACGACAAGGUCCAUGAGAUGAUCGAAGAUGUUGAAGAUCUUCUAAUGCACCAGCCGGAGGUUCUUGAACACUUGGUUGAUGACUCCAAGAAACUUCUGUAUCCCGGGUGCAGUGAUCAGUUUACGAGGUUGUCAACUACCCUUAAAUUGUGUAAGCUUAAAGUGAAGAAUGGGUGGAGUGACAAAAGUUUCACCGAAAUGCUAAAACUUCUGGCAGACAUUCUUCCUCCGAAGAACGAGCUUCCCACCUCCACCUAUGAGGCGAAGAAGAUAUUGUGUCCGAUGGGUAUGAAUGUGAAGAAGAUACAUGCAUGUCCAAAUGACUGUGUGUUGUUUCGCAAUGAGCACGAACAUCUACACGCCUGUCCAAAAUGCGGAGCAUCUAGGUUCAAGCGGGAGGGAAGUAGUUCUUCAACUAAUGACAAGAAGAGGCCUCCGGUCAAGGUUUUGCGUUAUCUGCCUAUAGUGGAACGAUUCAGACGACUCUUUGCAAAUGUAAAUGAUGCGAAACUAUUGAGGUGGCAUGUUGAAGGAAGAAAAUCAGAUGGGAUGCUUCGACACCCAGCCGACUCACCACAAUGGAGAACCAUUGAUGGAAAGUUUCCGGAAUUCGGCGGAGAACUUAGAAACCUUCGACUUGGCCUUUGUGCAGAUGGCAUGAAUCCGUAUCGGACUCUAAGUUCUCAACAUAGUACUUGGCCGGUUCUUUUAACAAUUUAUAACUUGCCUCCUUGCCUCCUUUAUAAUCUAGAAUAUUUUAUUGCAGGUAAUAGCCAUGGAUGAUGAGGAUAAUGUACCAUCGGGUUCUAGUUCAGGAAGCAACAAAAAGACCAGGGGUCCUACUGUCUGUAAAAAACUGAAAAAAAGAAUUGAAAACCAGAAUUUGGAGUGUCAAAUUAAUUUUGAUGAAUAUGGUCAGCCAUGUGGGGACAUGCUUAAAGAUUUCACAAUUUAUCUAGGAUCAGUUGUCCGGUUUCAGGUUGACAUAAAUUUGGAGAGUUGGGACGUAGUUAAUCAAGGAUUAAAAGAUGUAAUUUGGGAUGAUAUUAAGAAUCGUUGGAAGCUCGAUGAUUCACGAAAAAAGAUUGUGCUAGAGAAGGCAGCAAAGCAAUGGCGGGAUUUCAAGGGUAAAUUGACAAAGAAUUUCUUGCGAACCGGAAAGGAUCCAUGUGAAGUCUAUCAUUUCAUCAGCCGAGAGCAGUGGGAAAUAUACAAAACUAGACGCCAAUCUGAGGAAUUUAAGGCGAUAAGUGACAAGGCAAAAAAAAGUCAGCAACAUAAUGAGCAUGUGCAUUUUCUUGGGCCGAGUGGAUAUCGUGCAAAAAGGACUAAGUGGUCUAUUGAGGAUCCCAUAGCUGGUUUGGAAAAUUCAGAAUCUCUUGACCCGUCGAUUUUAUCGAGUGAUCGUAGUGUACGUAGUUAUGAUUGGGUUAGAGCACGUACAAAAAAGAACGAUAAAGGCGAAUAUUACAUCCCAAACAGUCAAACAAAGGAAGUCUUCGAGAAAAUGGGUGAGUUGCAGAAGCAAGUUGUAGAUGGAUCUUGGACGCCAAAGGGUCAUGAUGAUAUUCUAUCACGGGCACUUGGACGUAAGGAGCAUGGAGGGCGUGUUAGAGGCGUUGGAGGAGGAGCAAAAAUUAAAGAUGUUUUUGGGCCGGGAAAAAGCAAACAGAGUGGGGUGAUUUCGAUGGAUGAAUUGGCCACGAUUACACAGGAAAUUACCAAAAAAGUGCAGAAGGAGUGUGAUGAAAAGCUUGAGAUAAUGAACACAAAACUUCAGGGGAUGUUUCACCAUUUAAAACAGAUUGGCUUGUCACUCCCGGAGGAUAAUUUCUUGGAUGAUAUCGGAAACCCAAGGCAAGAUAUUGUUCGAAGUAGCUGCCAAUCAGUGGGAGAACAAGAUCAUAUAUCAGAGCUGAAGACACCAACACUUUGUCGGCUUUGCGUGAUAGAUAUGGUAAAAGGGAGAGUGGUCGUGGCUAGGGGCACCGUAUUCCCGUCUAACAAUGAAGGCGGUAACUUGAUUCAUAAUAAUCCAAUUGCCCCUCAGAAUAUUAGAGUAUCGGUUGAUGAUGUUGUUCCAGAGUUUCAGCAGGCUCCCCUUCCAGUGCCAUGCAAUGAACAUGAAACAAUAGGAAAUGCUGAGGGUAGUUUUGUACAGUGGCCUAAGGACCUCGUGAUGUUAGGACAGGAUCCCAUAUCAUUGGAGAAUAAAAAAGGUCAUGACAAAAGAUCGAAAGAUGUUGUCACAAAGCCUGAGAGCAAAGGUUCAGCGACUCAAAAGAAUAAAGGCCUUGGUGACGAAAAUUCAACUCAAAAUUGUCGAUCCUUGCGCUACUUGCUUGAGCAAUCUAAUGCAAAAGGUACAACUUUUACUUUUGAACAAGAUGGAGAACCUAUAUAUGUGACAUACGAAGAUGUUGAUCAAUUUCUAAAAAGGAGCUGGUUAAAUAUACCCAUCUUGGAAAUCUUUUCAAAGUACAUUGGGAAGUUGUGCAAAGAGCUAAACGAUGAUAGGUUUGCAUUUAUGUCACCUUCUAGACUAGUGAUAAAUCACAAGCGUGAAUACAAUCGUAUUGAGGAUGCAACUCAAUAUAUGACACAAUUUUUAGUUGCAAACAAAGAUAAGCGUUUCAUCAUUGCACCAUACAUCCAAGAUGAUCAUUGGAUGUUACUUCUGUUUUGUUUGGAUGAGAGUGUUAUUUAUGUGUUUGAUUCCUUGAGAAGGGAACGAGAUAUAAGGUUGACGACCCCGGCACGAACGGCAUUUAAACUUUAUGUACCACAAGGUGGAAAGAGAAAUAACAGAAAGGAAUUUCUUUGGUCUCAUACAGAUGUUCAGUGUCCUCAACAAGAAGGAGGUACGGAGUGCGGAUUUUUUGUUAUGAGGUACAUGUAUGAAGUAGUCAAGCUUUCUCAAAAAAAUCCCAACAUCAAUUGGAAAGAGGGUCUUGGUUUAAGGAGGUAUCUAAAGAAGGAAAUCAAUGAGGUUCGAGAGUUGUGGGCUGAAUAUUUUACUGUUGAAUGUCUAUAAUCAGACAUACACUCUAUGAAGGCCAGUUCAAGUAUUUUGGAGAAAAGCACGAGUGAAGAAAAGACUCGGUCUGAUUAGUGGAUUUCCUAGACUUUUUCACUAUUGAUUAGUGGUAUUGACAUGGUGUAGUAGUACUUAUAUGAUUGAUGGAUGUAAUAGAAGUGGAUAUUACUAAUAUUAAAUUUGAAUAUUUUCAGUUUAAUUUAGUACUCUUGUUUUUGUGUACUUCCA